AUGGGUUUGCAGCAGUCCGUUGCCAGCCCAAGCACAUCUCUAGGUCAUCAGGGUGAACCUCAAAUUCUCAUAUGCGGAGCAGGGAUUGCUGGUUUGACUUUGGCCAAUCGACUGGAGCAGUUGGGAUUCAAGUCCAUUUGGAUCGUGGAGGCUGACCAGAGCCUGGAGAGCCGCCCUCAAGGCUACAGCCUAACUAUGCAACAGCCAGGGCAAAAGGCCUUGAAGACCCUUGGCUUGCUAGAUGUUGUGCAAAGUUGCUCAAGGUGGGGUGGUGGAGGCCAGCAUUUCGUACAUGCACAGACGGGCUCAAUCAUUCGGUCAAUUGGAGGGGGAGGCCACCAGCACCCCGUCCCAACCCGUACCGCCAAGAGCCGGCGCAAUUUUUACGUCCCACGUCAGAAGUUGCGGGCCAUUCUAGCGAAAUCCUUGGUCGCCACCAAGAUUAUCUUUUCUGAGCAGAUCGCAGACUACGAGGAGUCAGACGACGUGGUGACGGCCACCCUUAGAAGCGGUCGAAAGGUGUCAUCUGCCUUGCUCGUUGGCUGUGACGGCGUGAACUCGGCUGUUCGCAAGCAAAAGCUUUCCGACAGGCUGCGGUAUCUUGGCGUUGGAAUCAUCAAUGGAAUUGUGGACUCGAGCCUAGCUUUGUGUCAUGCUGGCAGUUUGCACGUGCUCGAUGGCUCGCAUCGAUUGUUCAUGAAGCCUUUUCGGGGGGAGCAGGAGGCCAUGUGGCAGCUGUCAUUUCCAGAGAAGGACCUGAAGCAAAUUGAAGCGAUCCGCGCCUUACCCAAGGAAGAGCUGCAUGCCCUUGCCAUGCGGGAAACAUCUUCGUGGUGUCCGCUCUAUCGAAGCAUCAUCGAGGUUACCAACCCAUCAACUCUGAGGGCAAGUGGCCUGUUCGACCGAGAUCCCUUGCUUUGUGCCGAGCAUACUGGGGCCCGCACUGCUUUGAUAGGUGAUGCUGCUCAUCCUAUGUCCCCCUUCAUAGGACAGGGCGCCAACCAGGCCAUGGCAGACUCAAUCCAGCUCGCGGAAGCUUUGUGUCGCUGCAGGGACGAGACCGGGAGAUUGGAC